UUAAUUUAUCUGUAUUAAAAUAAUCUUACCUAAAUAUGAUGUCAAGCAAUUUGUCUGAUAGCAGUGAUUUAUCGUCAUCAGAGGAGGUAACAUAUAAACGCGAACAUAAAAAAUUAAAAUCCCAUCAUGUAGAAGAUCGAGCUACUUCAAAAUUUUAUACAAAAGACGAAAGUCAAGAAGAUCUUCCAUAUGUUGCUGAUAAUGUUUAUGAAGUUAAGAAAAAAAUAAAAAAUUAUAAGAAAAAUUUCAAAAAAUCUUUACAUUCCAAAGAUAAAUCAAAGCAAAAACACACUGAAGUUUCUGGUGAUAUCAAAGAUAUCAAAUAUGCUAACAGUUAUGCUCCUAAUAAUCAUGAAAAAUCGUAUUUGGAUAAUCCAAUUGCAUUUAUGAAUAGUGAUAUUAACUCAGCUCAUAAUAAUAAAAGAAAGAACUUAACUUCUUCUGAAGAUAAUUCAGAUAGUGAUAGUACCUUAAAUUCUGACAAUGAUACUCAAUCAAAGACAGAUCAAUUUGAUGGAGCUUCUUGUUCAAGAGUAGUUGAUUCUGAUUCAAAUUUAUCAGAUGAUAGAUCUUCCAAUAAUAAUCAAAAUUUUGGAAAAAGUGAAAAGACUGGUAAUAAAGGAUUGUCUUUAAUGAAAAAAAUUGGUUAUAAAGAAGGUGAAGGAUUGGGAAAAAAUGCUCAGGGUUUGGUUGAUCCAAUUCAAUUACCUACUCAAAAAGGUCGUAGAGGUUUGGGUUUUUCAUCACGUGAACCCAGAGAAUCAUUUAUUUUAGACUGGGAUCCUGAACAAAAUGAAUCUACAGAUAUUCUUAAAGUUACGGAAUGGUUAGAAAACGAAGAACCAAUAGUAUUACCAACUAUGAAUUUAGAUAGUUGGAUUGAAAUUGGUGAAAAAAAAUUGACAUAUAAUCAAACAACAGAAUUUGCAAAUCCAGAAAUUUUUAAAGUUGUUAAUUCUAGCAAGAAUGUUUUAGAUAAUAUUGAUGAUCAUGAUUUUCGUCACGCUAGAACCAAAGCUAAUCCAUUUGAAACAAUUAAAAAUGGUAUAUUCCAAAAUCGAGCUGCCAUGAAAAUGGCUAACAUUGAUUGGGCAUGUGAUUUUAUGUUUACUGAUCCUAAAUAUAGUGAUGACUCAUCUAUGCUAUCAAGCUCUAGUAGUUUACUCUAUUUUGCUGAUAUAUGUGCGGGACCUGGAGGUUUUACUGAAUAUGUAUUAUGGCGAAAAGGUUGGAAGGCCAAAGGUGUAGGAUUUACUUUACGUAAUGCAAAUGAUUUUAAAUUAAAUGAUUUUUAUGCUGCAUCUCCAGAAUCUUUUGAAGCAUAUUAUGGUGCUGAAAAUGAUGGUGAUAUCUAUAAACCAAAAAAUAUUACUUCAUUAGAAAAUUAUGUAAUGAAAAUGACUGACAAAAAAGGUGUUCAUUUUGUUAUGGCUGAUGGUGGAUUUUCAGUUGAAGGACAAGAAAGUUUUCAAGAAAUAUUAUCGAAACGAUUGUAUUUAUGUCAAACUUUAGCUGCUUUAAGUAUUCUGCGACCUGGUGGACAUUUCAUGUGUAAAUUAUUUGACAUAUUCACUGAUUUUAGUGCAGGAUUAUUAUUCCUUUUAUAUCAUAGUUUUGUACAAAUUAGUAUUUAUAAACCAGUUACAAGUCGUCCAGCAAAUUCUGAAAGAUAUGUGAUAUGUAAGUGGAGAUUAGAUGAUGUAAAAGAUAUACAAAGGUAUUUGUAUAAUGUGAAUUUAACCUGGGAUGAAUUAGGACCAAAAGAAGAUAUUUUAUCUAUUGUUCCAUUAGAAGAAAUUCUUAAAGAUACAAAUUUUUUCAAGUAUCUUUGGAAUUCUAAUAAUAAAUUGGGACAAAUUCAAGCAUUAAGUUUGUCAAAAAUUGUGGCAUUCACUAAAGAUCAACGUUUGGCAGAUGAAAGACAAAAGGAUUUAAAAAAAAAAUGUCUAGAACUGUGGGAAGUUAGAGAUGGUGUUAGACGUGCACCAUUUAGAAAUGAUCCCCAAACCACUUGUAAUUCUCUUGUUGGUGGAACAAAAACUUUCUUGCAAUGUUCACCAGAGGUUCUAAACAAAACAAAUUUACGAAAAUAUGUUAAGUCUGUGUAUGACUGGCACUGUGUUUUGCUCAACAAUUCAAAAAAUCCUACUUUUUUUUUGAGUUUAGGUGGUAGUCAAGUAUAUGAAUUAGUUCAAAAUCGAUGGAUCAGUAAUGAAUAUUUAAAGAAUGUAACCAUGAGCCCUGGUACUCUUAUAUACGGUGAACUAGCUAUUGAAUUGGAAGGUGAAGAUCUUGGGCAACUGAGAGUAAGAGUGUUACAUAUUAUUGAUGCAUAUAAACUUGGUAACAUUGAUAUCAGUAGUAAACAUUAUUUAUCUAGAAUUGAGUAUUGUAAAAGUUUUGCCAAGUCCAUGAAUAAAUUAGAAUCUGACAAUAUAAAAAUUAGAGUAAAAGAACCGGUGUACUUGGAAAAUAUUUCAGAAGUUUUUGAAAAGAUUGAUCUCAAAUGGUCUAAGUGUCAUCGUAAGCCUGUUAAGAUGUAUAUGUUGGAUGAGGAAAAAUAUUGCUGUGCAUCCGGAAUAUUAUUUAUUAAAGCCACAUUAAGUCCUUGGGUGAGAGCAUUAUCACGUACCUAUAAUUCUAUGUAUUAUGGCCAUCCAACUUUGAACGCUAUUUAUGAAGAAGGCAAUCCUGUGGCUGCAUAUGCUCCUUUUAAGGAAUGUUGUCUUACUAAUAAGGUUUGGUAUUGGAUGGAUGAAUUAGGGAAUCCAUUGAAAACACCAAGUUCAGAACAAUUGGAACAAGAAGAUUUUGAUAAACUCUUACAAUGAUUUGAGUUAUUAUUUUAUUAAUUUUGUUUAUUUAUACAUAUAUAUUGUGUGUAUUGAAAAUUUUUGUAUAUUUUAAAG